UGGAGAGGAUGCAAGAAAUCAAGCAAAAAAGCAAUUUAAAAUGAGUGAAUCGUUCCAUAAAUUUACGUAUGGUCAAGACUUUGCUACAGGAACUUUUCAAAGUAAUAAAGAAUAAAUCUUCGAGUUUAUUAAAAAUUUCUUAGAAAUUAAAAAAGAAGAUAUUCAACCAAAUUUGCUUAAAUUUUUAAACAAUAGGAAGAAUGUUUAUCUUAACUAUAACUCUGGCGGGGCUAAAAUGGCAAAUAAAAAUUAUCAUUAUAAAAUGGAGUGUCGUUGAUUCUGGAACGAUAAGGAAUUAAUUUAUUGUUAGUAUUUAUUUAUUGUUUUAGUAUAUUGAAUUUUGAAAAAUAAAAUUUUAUUUACAAAUUAUUUUUGUAUUUUACAGUUGCAUAUUCUUACCAUUAUUUUAAACAAUUUUAAAUAUGUUUUAAAUUUAAAAAUUUAGCUUAUUUGCUUUCAUUGACUUUAUUAAUGGCAUCAAAGGAAGAACUUGAAAAGCUGACGGUGGCUCAAAUUCGUGAAAAACUCAAAAGUCGUAAAUUGCCAGCCUCUGGACCAAAAUCUGAAUUAGUUACUCGCCUUUUUGAUUCCUUAAUGGCAGAAGAGAAAUUACUUGAAGAGGGGCCUGGUGGUGAAAGUAUUGACCUUUCUGGUGUUAAUAUGGAUGAAGUUUUGGGAUUGGAUGAUGAAAAGGAUACACACAGUUCUACUACUGCAAAUGAAGAUAUUGAAGAGGGAAAGGAAAAACAACCUGCGAGUUGCGAUAACAGCGAUGAAUCAAUCAAAAAUAAUGAUGAAGAGAAGGGAGCAAAUAAAACUGAUGAGGAUAAAAAGGAGGAAGAAAUAAAGGGAAAACUAAUUACUCGUGAGGAUCAAACAAAAAGGAAGGGAACAACCGAUGAAGAUGUGAAAAUGUUAAAAUUAGCUGAACGUGUUGGGUUGCCUGUAAAGCGACGAGUUUCUGAGUCGGAAUCUGACGAUAUAUUGGCUAAAAGAGAGAAAAGAUUUGGAUCGUUUUCGGGAAAUAAGGAAGGCGAGAAGAUUCUAACAAAAAAGGAUGAAGAAGAGGCUAAAGAGAAAAGAGCUGCUCGUUUUGGUAUAACCGAUGAGAAAAGAAAAACAACAGAUGAAGACAGUAAAAUGUUAAAACGUGCUGAACGUUUUGGGUUGCCAUUGAAAAGAGGUGGUGCUUCUGAAUCUGAACAAAGUGAAAUUUUGGCUAAAAGAGAAAAACGAUUUGGAAAAGUUAUUGGGAGUGGGGAUACGGAAACCAAAAAGGAAGCUCGUAUAAAACGUUUUGGAGUUGUGAGUUAAAGAUAAAAGAGAAAGAAAAAUGUGGGGCAGGGGGCUGAAAUAUUUUUGGCGAACAGAAAUUUGUGGACAUCUUGAAAUAUUUGCCAAAACUGAUUUUUUAGAAACCUUGUGGACAUUGAUUGGGUCUUUGAUAAGAAAUUACCUAAAUUGGUUGUUUAAAGAUUUUCUAUUUUAUA